AUGGCCAGCCAGACCGUAUGGGGCACAUUCGAAAGCCAGGUCCUUCUCAAGACGCUGUCCGUUGUUGGCGUGCACCUAUUCUUCUUAUGGACGCUCUCGCCGCUUGGAGGUCAAGCUUCUCUACGGGUAUUGGAGAAGGCCGAGAGAACUACGAACGGCACCACCGAGGUUGUUUAUCUGCCCACAGGAGGCAUGAGGAUGGAACAGGUCAACUUCGGUACCUUCUCAAUGGGCACUACGGCCACGCAGGUAGCAGCGGUAAACUCGCUUUACAACUCGGUGUUGCUUGCCCCGAUACAGAUCAGGAAUGCCGGGGAGGAUGUCUGGGGCAAUGUGAAGAUCCCGUCGAUUGGGAGAUUGGACGCUACGAAGAAAGACAGUGAUGGCUGGAUAGAGUCGGCGGAAGUCCGAUCAUCGGAUGACUUCACAGCACUAGUUGGCCUCCCCAUUAUCGGUUUGCCUGAGGACGCUGAGUCGGAGAUUGAUAUCACAUCCGCUUAUAUGACGUUGGAUUGUCCCAUACAAUACAAUAUCAGCAACGAAGACCCGUGGUGGGUGGCUCAGCUGGGCGUCGUUUGGGCCCGUAACAACGGAUCUGGAGUUUUCAGCAAUACGAAAGCCAACAAACAGACUGGAUUCUUUCUUGACUCUAACCUCAAUGUCUCCGGUUCCCGGCAAGAUGCUGUCUUCAAUGACACCAACGCAACUUCCGAGGCGGACCCCAAGCUCAGCUCCCCGCGCAACAUCCUCUUCGGCUCUCAGUACUAUACCCCUAAGGACGUCGAUCCGACUGGCGGUACAAGCAUCGUCCUUCGAAAUUGCACUGUUCUUCAACAAUAUGUCGACUCACGCGUCCACUGCACCAAAGGCGCCUGCAAGGUCAGAAAAAUGCGGCAGUCCGUCGCCUACGGCAAGCGCAACCCCAACCUCACACCCCUAGAAAAUCCAACGAUCCUGGGAAACCUAUUCAUGAACCUCCCAAUCUCAACCGGCAAACUCCACAGCGGUGACGCCACGCCAACCGAACUCUUGAUCCGCGGCGCCAGCAGCCCCUUCCAGCGUCUCGCCUUCGGCACCGACGGGUCCACCCCGGCGAUGAGGGAUAUAGCGAAAGAAGUAUUCGAGACCCGCCUCGCGCAGAUACUAAACACCUACUACCAGCUCUCGAUCGCGCCGUACGCCUUCGCGGGCACAAAGUACGACCUCGACCUCUUCGGGCCCUUCCGGAACGGCACCAUGGCCAACGGCACCUUCCUGAGCGCCACAUCUGACGACCUGCCGUUCUUCUCCAUGCCCACCACCGCGGUGGUAAUGACGACGAUCCCAAUCUACAAGUGCAACUUUAUCUGGCUUGCCUGUCUCGAGGUCGCGUCCCUCGUUCUGCUGCUGGUUGGCGCCGCCGGCGUGCUCCUCAAGUGGAGGUGCAGGGCCCCGGAUAUGCUAGGCUACGUGGCGAGCAUGACGUACGAUAACCCGUACAUUGCGCUACCGCCAGGCGGAGGGAUACUAGGGGCAAUGGAAAGGGCGCAGGUGUUGAAGGGUGUGGAUGUUAGGAUUGCGGAUGUGAGACCGAGGGAGCAGGUAGGACAUGUGGCUUUUGCCAGCGCGGAGGGUAACGGAGCGUUGGGGGAGCUAAAGAGGGAUAGGCUAUACGUCUGA